UGAAGACCAAAUAAUAAUAGGCUACAUGAAGUGAAAAAAAGAAAAAAAAAAAAAAGGAUACAACCCACUUGAAAUCCUCCUAGGGCUUCCCAUGGGACUUCCCAUUCCUUCUUCUGUUCUAUGGCAUCUGUCCUCUGCUUCCACAUCCUGCCUCAGCUGUCUGAGGGCCAGCCACACUAGCUUUCAGAGAUUCUUAGAAACGUCUCAGCUUCGGAGCCUUUUCACAUAGCUUCCUCUGCUUGUAUCAUUCUUUGCCCAGUGGUUUCAAGUCUCAUCUUAAAUGUCACUUCUUCAGAAAAACCUUCUCUGAUAUCCCAAACCAGGAGAAAGGCAAGUGUUUCCAUAGCAGCCGGAGAUUUUCCAUCUUAAUGGUUUUGAUACUAGAAUUGUUUACUUGGUCAAAUAUUGAGAGCCUUUUAUAUGCAGGGAUACAGGGUGAAACAAAACAUGCAAGAUCCCUGCCACCUGCGACCUUAUAUUCUAGGGAGGGGAUACAUGUACAAGUAAACAAAUAAAUGCACUUGGUAAUUUUACAUACUGAUAGCUCAAUGGUUUUCCUCUGUUUGGACUGUAAACUCCAUGAAGGCAGGAGCUAUGUCUGUCUGGGCUACUUCCAGUUUGCUGAGAGUCUGGCCACUAAAUAAGCUCGAUACAUAUUUUUUCGCUGACAAUUAAAACAAGUAUAUGAAAGACAGAAAUGAGAAAAAACGGGACUUCUAUAAAUGGAGAUCUAGCUCUUCCUCUUUCAAAACUUUCUGUAAUACUACAUAGCUUUAAAUAAUUAAAUCAAUUAAAAUAGCAAAAAGUUACCCUUUGUAGUAACAGAACCCCAAAUAAAACCCAUUUAUGUCACCACACACUCGUUAAGUACCUGGUAAUAAAACCUAUUCUGAAAUACCCAGACGUGUUGGUUAAGUGGAUAAAAUCCAAUUGGCGCAUUGCCAAAGAGGUUCCUCCCCGUCAGCAGCAUAGUUUAUAGUUUUUCACAGAGGCUUUAAGCACCCAUCAUUUGAUUCUCCCUCAUUUUCCGAUUUCUAAAACCCUUUAGAAUCUCCCUCCACCCACACGAUGUGGCAGCGAGAAAAACCGCAAUUCUAUUUACACGUCAAUGGUAAUACAUAAUAUUUUGCCAGGUCAACAAAUUUGCAAGAUCUCCACCCAAGAGAUCAGUAUCCCCUUUCCAGUGAAUCAUUCUAAGACGCUGGAGACGAGUAGGGCUAGAUAAAACCAAGCUACCCUAAGGCUGGACCAGAGGAGCCGAUCGUGAGCUCCCUUCCCCCAAGCUCAGCGCUCGGCAGCCUCUUUCUUCCCCAGGCGCAUGCGCAGCGCACUCCCCGGCCACCACACGCCUCCUCCAUGGGGUCGGGAGACGCUGACGUCACCGUGCAGUCUGCAAGCAACCCUUCCGCUCCUUCAAGGAAAAUGAGUCCACGGAUAUUCUUAGCCCCCAGAAAAUGUCCUCCCUCUUUCCAUCCCAGUGUCAACGACUUCCCCAGCCCGUCUCCUUUCGGCCGGACUUCUCUGUACUUUCGUUGGACCAGGAAGGCGGAGGGAGGGAAGAGGAAGAGUGAAAGACCAAUUCCGUGUUGUUUACCAGGAGUGGGCGAGUCAAGGAAUCGGUCCGCGAGGGCGGAGCCGUGGAAGCCGGCACUUCUUCCUUCUUUCCCCUCCCUCCCCAGCCUUCCCAGCGAGCGGACGCGGCAGCGCCUCUGUCUCGCUUUUUCUUAUUUUUUCCCCCCUUUCCCCUUUCUUUUUUUUUUUUUUUUUUCUUUUCUUUUCCCCCCUCCCCCCCUUUCACCAUUUCCUCUCGGAGGCGCUUUCCCCGGGCAGGGGCAGAGCCGGUCUCACCCCCCCGCCUCUCCCCGGCCCCCGCUGCCCUAUGGCGAGAGGGAGCCCCCUCCCCACCCAGGCUCGAGCGGCGGCGGCCUCAGGCCGGGGGUCAUCAUGGAACUAAUUCGCUGACCGACCCAGCGCCCGCAGCCGUGCGUCCCGCUCGAGCGCCAGCGCCGGCGCCUCCCGACCCGCUUCCCCCUCUUCUCCCUCCUCAAUCGGCCCCGUCGUCCCGCGCGCACCGCCGCCGCGCGCCGAUGAGAAUGAGGUGGUAACGGGCCCCCGGAUGACCCCGCAUCACCACUGUGAGGCCUACAGCUCAGCCGGGGAGGAGGAGGAGGAGGAAGAGGAGGAGAAGGUAGCUACAUCAAGCUGGCUAGCAGGCAGAUCCAAAGGAUAUCAUGAAGUUUCCAGGGCCUUUGGAAAACCAGAGAUUGUCUUUCCUGUUGGAAAAGGCAAUCACUAGGGAAGCGCAGAUGUGGAAAGUGAAUGUGCGGAAAAUGCCUUCAAAUCAGAAUGUUUCUCCAUCCCAGAGAGAUGAAGUAAUUCAAUGGCUGGCCAAACUCAAGUACCAAUUCAACCUUUACCCAGAAACAUUUGCUCUGGCUAGCAGUCUUUUGGACAGGUUUUUAGCUACCGUAAAGGCUCAUCCGAAAUACUUGAGUUGUAUUGCAAUCAGCUGUUUUUUCCUAGCUGCCAAGACUGUUGAGGAAGAUGAGAGAAUUCCAGUACUAAAGGUAUUGGCAAGAGACAGUUUCUGUGGAUGUUCCUCAUCUGAAAUUUUGAGAAUGGAGAGAAUUAUUCUGGAUAAGUUGAAUUGGGAUCUUCACACAGCCACACCAUUGGAUUUUCUUCAUAUUUUCCAUGCUAUUGCGGUAUCAACUAGGCCUCAGUUACUUUUCAGUUUGCCCAAAUUGAGCCCAUCUCAACAUUUGGCAGUCCUUACCAAGCAACUACUUCACUGUAUGGCCUGCAACCAACUUCUGCAAUUCAGAGGAUCCAUGCUUGCUCUGGCCAUGGUUAGUCUGGAAAUGGAGAAACUUAUUCCUGAUUGGCUUUCUCUUACAAUUGAACUGCUUCAGAAAGCACAGAUGGAUAGCUCCCAGUUGAUCCACUGUCGGGAGCUUGUGGCACAUCACCUUUCUACUCUGCAGUCUUCCCUGCCUCUAAAUUCCGUUUAUGUCUACCGUCCCCUCAAGCACACCCUGGUGACCUGUGACAAAGGAGUGUUCAGAUUACAUCCCUCCUCUGUCCCAGGCCCAGACUUCUCCAAGGACAACAGCAAGCCAGAAGUGCCAGUCAGAGGUGCAGCAGCCUUUUACUAUCAUCUCCCAGCUGCCAGUGGGUGCAAGCAGACCUCUGCUAAACGCAAAGUAGAGGAAAUGGAAGUGGAUGACUUCUAUGAUGGAAUCAAACGGCUCUAUAAUGAAGAUAAUGUCUCAGAAAAUGUGGGUUCUGUAUGUGGCACUGAUUUAUCAAGACAAGAGGGACAUGCUUCCCCUUGUCCACCUUUGCAGCCUGUUUCUGUCAUGUAGUUUCAACAAGUGUUACCUUUGAGUGUAAACUAAGGUAGACUACUCUGGGAAUGAGAACAUGCAAAAUCAGGAAAGGCUGUAGAAGGAUAUAUACCUUAACAGGCUGAUUUGGAGUGAGCCAGAAAAAAAAAAAAAAAAAAAAAACAACUAUCAUUAUUUGUGUGGCUAAUUAUAAUUCAGUGUUAUUUAAACACAUAAGGACCAACAAAAAAAAAAGAAAAUCCAAAAGAUCCACACUUUUUUUAAACUUAAAAAACCUCUUUGUAGUAUGCCAGUUGCACUUUUUUCCUGCCAUAAUGUAACGUAGCUUGCCCCAUCAAAAAUUCAGUUAAAAUUCAUAGCCAGCAAACCUGUUCCCCCUCAGCAUCCUGAUUUAAUUUUGCUUUUGCUUGCUUCUCCAUUUAAGUUACUGAACUUUAUGCAUGCUGAUCUGUAUUGAUUCUCACUGAAUAGGAAACCCCAAAAUUAUUUUUUAGCAGUCAAACAAAUUAUUUCAGUGUGACAGCCAUGAUGCAAGUUCCAAUUAGUAUGAAAGGGUACUUUGGAAUUGUCCCAUAUUAAUCAGAGACAGCAACAGAAAAAGUUCUCAUAUUACCAGGUUGAUUUUGUGUCUCAUUUCAAAUUUUAAUUUAAAAUUAUGGUUUUCAUUUUUGUUUACCUUAAAGUGAUGCUUAAAAGUGGUAUGUAAUUAGGACACUUAGAUUUGUUGAAAGCAUUUUUGACAUUUGUAUAAAAGAAUUUGUGAUAAAGUUAAUAUAUCCAGGUGCUCACCAAAGAAACAUGUAUGUAACAACUGAAAUUAGAUUUUUCUAACUGAUAGUUUUCACUCAUUUAUAAUCAGUAGGAGAGACUGUCUAGAUGUUGGGGCAGCUCUGUGAUUUGAGUCUGUAACAUGUUAUAACUGAAUUUAGUACCCUAGUUUUGUUAAGCUAUUAGGAUUUUCUAAUAGAACUUACUCCCCACCUGCCUCCCCAGCCUACUUAUAGUUCUCUUAAUGACUUCUGGAUCCUGAGCUCCCUUUGCAGUCUGAAAAAGGUAUUGCAGUCAGAACCAUGUACUGAUGAUAAAAGCCUCUGGUAGCAAUAAAAAGUUGUCCUUAA